AUGGAUACCAAUGUCUUGGUGAUUCGAGAUCUUCCAAAUACCAACGCAGAUCCGCCUGCUCAUUCAAUAAAAGCCGUCGUCACCUCGCCCGAUGAGGAAGUGCAAGUCGACCCCGAUGGAGACCUCAUUCUCCGCGCCGGCUCACAGACUGGGGAGGCCGAAAGGUCUUUCCGAGUCUGCGCCAGCGCCUUGAGGAGGUCCAGUCAGGUCUGGAAGAAGAUGCUCUUCGGGCCGUUCAAGGAAUCGAAACCGGCCUUUGGUGUCUGGGAAGUCAGUUUACCGGAGGACAAUCCGGUGGCUUUGGGAAUCUUGUUGCACAUCGUGCACGCAAACUUCCCUCUGGUGCCGCAUAAGCCAAAUUUGAAAGAGCUUUACGAGGUGUUCCGGUUGGCCAACAAGUACGACAUGAUCAUGGCUCUUAAGCCGUGGGCCGCGGCGUGGCUAGAAGUUGCGGAGAGCUUUUCGGAAACGACUGAUGGGAAGGAGAUGGCUACGCUGGCUUAUAUUGCGUGGGAGCUGGGUCAGAUCGAGUUGCAGCGGAAGAUGAUGAAGGAGCUGGUCCUGAACUGCUCAGUUGAUAAGGAAGGACGAAUGACUACCGCCGAUGGAGUUCUGCUGGAUGAUUUCGAUCCCAUCGGACCGCCUGGCCUACUUGGUUAG